AUGACGUCGCGCUGGGCGAAGCUGAAGACGCUCUUAGCAACAAGCUAAGAAACCACUGAUCUAUACGCGCACCAUUACGAGACGGAACGCGCAUUCAAAACACUCAGACGAUUCGCGAGAAGACUUGUUUGACAUGUCGAAAGUGUUUGGAAGGGAUUGUGAGUUCAUUUGACCUCCUUGUUUUUAUAGUAAAACCAAGGUAGGCUUAUACUAUCUGGAAAAGAGGAAACGCUAGCCUGAGCCUUAGCUGCCCGCUGGACUGUGUGCUCGCGCUGGUAUGACUCUUCUGUUCAAACCAACAUCACAAUAUUUAAGAGAGGGGAAGAGUUGAGGUGGUCGACAUCCGUUUAAUGUUUGGGCUCAACCUUAUUGUGCUUCAGGGAGACAGUUUGUCAUGACGCUUUUGUUUCCUCUGCAACUUUGAGUCUUCUUCAUCAUCAUCAUCAUCAUCAUCAUCGUAACUAUCGAGGACGACCGCUUCUCACCACCAUUAUUUGGUCUCGUCUGAUGCAUUUGUGAAUUUAUUCACGUCUAGCUCCAUUACCAAUGGGUUCGGACCUUCUUGCUGGAAAUACAGAUACCUCUGUUACACUACUUCUCUAGACUUGCACUACAUGUGGUCAAAUUGAUAAGCCUCGUGAAAAAGGGCUUAAAGGGGAUCAUGCAUGAACCCUGCAACACUGUGAAAUCGUCUAUCUACCCUAUGAGCAUCUGACAAGCUUCACCUAGGAUAUGAGACUCUGUUGAUAGUUUAAUAACUAAGAAGGACACUGCAUUGUUGUUUUGGAUGGAUCUUGCUUUAGUGAAAACAUUUUUCGGAGGAAAAAUAAAUAUUUGAUGUUGACUGCAUGCAGCCAUGAUAUUGAGCAGAAAACCAGAUGGCCCCAUAACUGGAGCUCGCCACGGGGACAGUCUGUAUGACUCCUACAUGCGCACCGAUCACAUUGUGAACCAGGACGCUGAUGUGAAUGGGCAGAGUCCCUCUGGACUGCCCCCUCUCCCCAAACACACUGGCGUGAACAAGCCUACAAUGAAGGAUCACCAAGCAAUCCGCGGAGGACAGGUGAAGGUGAAAUAUGUUUACGAGGACACCUACAACCGCAAACUUAAUGGUGUGAGCCAACACAAUGCCACAAGCCAGGUACCAGCUAAGCCCCAACCUGCUGUCUCCAAAGAGAGAAGCGUGGACAGCAACAGCUCUGUCAAGUCCACGGAGAGCUCAACAAAAGUCACAAAGCUCGGCAGCCCAAUGACCCCUGAACAAGCUCUCAAGCAAUACCGGCAGCAACUGACUACCUUGGAGCAGCAGGAGAUCCACAACUAUCCUGAGAUCCAUUUCCUGGGACCAAAUGCCAAGAAAAGGCAGGCAGUAGCCGGGGGCACCAACAACAGUGGAUAUGAUGAUGACCAGGGCGGAUACAUCCACGUACCACAUGACCACCUUGCCUAUCGCUACGAGUUUCUCAAGGUGAUCGGCAAAGGUAGUUUCGGACAAGUGGCGAAGGUUUAUGACCACAAGUUACAGCAGCACCUUGCUUUGAAGAUGGUGCGAAACGAGAAGCGCUUCCAUCGGCAAGCUGCUGAGGAGAUCCGAAUUCUGGAGCACCUGAAAAAGCAAGACAAGACAGGCAGCAUGAAUGUAGUCCACAUGUUGGAAAAUUUCACCUUCCGCAAUCACAUAUGUAUGACUUUUGAACUGCUUAGCAUGAACCUGUACGAGCUCAUCAAACGCAACAAGUUCCAGGGUUUCAGUCUCCCGCUGGUACGCAAGUUUGCACACUCUAUUCUCCAAUGCCUGGAAGCUCUCCAUCGCCAUAAAAUCAUCCACUGUGACCUGAAGCCAGAGAAUAUCUUACUGAAGCAGCAAGGCAGGAGUGGGAUCAAGGUCAUUGACUUUGGCUCCAGCUGUUUCGAUCACCAGCGUGUCUACACGUACAUCCAAUCCCGCUUCUACCGUGCGCCCGAAGUCAUCUUGGGAUUGCGAUAUGGUAUGCCUAUAGACAUGUGGAGCUUUGGUUGCAUUCUGGCAGAGCUGCUUACCGGAUACCCUCUGUUUCCUGGUGAAGAUGAAGGUGACCAGCUGGCCUGCAUGAUGGAGCUACUAGGUAUGCCACCUCAAAAACUGCUGGAACAAGCCAAGCGUGCCAAGAACUUUAUCAGCUCCAAAGGCCACCCACGCUACUGUACGGUCACCACACUUAGCAAUGGCACCGUAGUCCUCAAUGGGAGCCGUUCUCGAAGAGGAAAAAUGCGAGGUCCCCCAGGAAGCAAGGAGUGGGGGGCAGCCCUCAAAGGGUGUGAUGAUCCCACAUUCAUUGACUUUCUGAAGAAGUGUCUGGAUUGGGACUCUAGUACUCGGAUGACACCAGUUCAGGCCUUAAGACACCCCUGGCUCUACAAGAGAUUGGCCAAGCCUGCACCUGGUGGAGAGAAGUCCACAGCACCCAAACGGAUCACCGAGCACAGCACCUCUUUCCCUACUAUCAUCUCCAAGGUACCCCCUGUCAUGGGCUCAACCAACAACAAACUGCGGACCUCCAUGAUGGGUGACUCCACUGGAACUAUACCUUUUCGCACAGUGCUGCCAAAGCUUGUUUCAUAGAGAUUCCUUAGCUUUUCAGGGAUAAAGACGUGUAGCAGUUUUAGAAGUGGACCCCCCCCCCCUGUUUUGGUUGGUUUUUCUAAAUGAGUGUCAAAACUUUCAGAGUUUCAAUUUUUAAUGAAGUUUAACAAGCAAAAACAAUUUUAUACAGCGAUAAUGUGUUUUUAUCAAAUGGCCUUCAGCAUGUAAAAUGCAAAGUUGACAUCAGGGCUGUUUUAUUUACACCUUGGUCUUGAAUUUGACUGCUGUUGAUUGGAGUGGGUGAAAUUUUGAUGUUGACUGCUCAUCCUGUCCUUUCUGAAGUUUACACUACUUCUGCUCAGACAAACCUACAUCUUUUAUAUCUUUAAGGGCUGUUUUGCUAAUAUUGUUUUCAAGGGCUUAGAGUGGAUUCAGUUUUAGGUCAAACAUCUGACUCUAAUCUUCAUUUAAAACCAUUUUAAAAUGUCUAGUUGGUGGUUUAAAGCCUAUGUUAUCAUCUUAAAAAUGAUCUUGAUCUAAUUUAGAUGAGCGCAUUUCUUAUUUUAACAGUGUCCUUUUCCAGUCACCUGUAUCCCAUUGUGAAGACAAAGUCUGUUUAUUAUUUGAGAAGCUAUUGCUUUGGAUAAGUUACCCUAGAACAAGAUGAAGAAAGUUAUAUUUGCUUGUAAGUGGUAGAGUAAUGCAGGUCACAGUGCUUUGUGAUUGCCAGGCCCAUUCCUGGCAUGUAUUGGUAGAGAUGGGCACUAUUUCACAAGUGUUGUAUAGGAACGUGUUUUUAUCAGUGCUGUUUUGAAAGAUAUUAGUCGGGUUUCGCUUGAAAGCAACAGGCAGUGUCACGUGUUAGUCUGUACAUGGUAGUAUGCAUUUCCUCUAAGCUGCUGGUGGGGGAAGGGAAUUGUUAGCUAUAUUUUCAAUAACAGUGUGCUGUUUGCAAGGAGAGAUGAAGGAUAUAGCUACUUCAUAAGCAUAUUCAAAAUACUAGCUAAAAAUGGUUGAAGAUACAUCCUUUGAGAUUAUAUUUGACCUAUGAACCUCUCCCUUGUCCAGUCAUUUUUAAUGUUUAGUUUUUAGUAACUAUUCUUGCCAUAUAUAAAACAACAUGACUAAAGAUAGUCCCCCUCCCCCAGAGCUUAGCAUCAGUACAUAAAGUGGUUAAUUACCAGUGACUCUGGUUGAUAGUGUAGUCUGAUAUCUCUUCAUAGUGGCAUACCACAUUGUUCCCUUUCACUCUAGGUUUACAAGAGAAUCUUGUUCUUUAUACAGCCGAGCACACAGCACAUUCACCCACCCACAAUGGCACUGGUCAAUGUCUGCAUUUUGAGAAUUUGUCCAUGUGAACCCACUAUCAGGACAAACAAUAUAUGCAUUUGGUUGUUGGUAAGGUUUUUGUAUGAUCUAACGUAAGCAUGUUUUUUUUUUUUUUUUUACACUGCCUCACUCUUUCUAUCUGUGAAUUGAACACAUAAUGUUUAGAAGCUGAUUUUUUUCUAGGUAAGACACUAAUAUUUUAAAGGAGUGUGAAAAUGAAUGGCGCUUAACCCACUGGCCCUGACAGGUGUGUGCAAAGCAUCUGUGUGCUACCUGGACCAAGUGGAUACCAGGCAAAUAGUUGUGAAAGUCCUCUUAAUUGGAAAAAAAACAUUCUCUUCACGCCUCUUUCUCAGGUUUUAACCUUUCUUUGGGGUUUAAUAGACGUUUAUAAAUGAUUCCACACACCUAGUGGGUGUAAAGAUGGUGAUGUUUUGGCUCUCAAUAAAGCUGGGUUUCAAAAAAGCUUUAUAGCUUUAGAGAUGAUGGUGCUCAAAUUAGACUAUAGACUCCAAACAUCUAUGGUGUCUUUUUCCAUUCGUAAUACUUUUUGGGUUCAUACAUGGUCUCCUGCAAAGUUUGUUGUUCUGCGUAUUCUUGGAAUACAUCAGGGAAAAGUGUCCAGGCAAAAGUGUUUGUAGUGUUGUUUUUCUACCUCUUUCUUGCUUGUGAAAUCCAUCUUGUAGAGAGAUCUCUACCACACAAAUAACAGCAUCUCGCUCCACAUCUUUCUACUGAAUUUUUCACCGAAGCACCCGUUCAGUUAGUUGUCCCUUUGAUGUUUGUCUCGAUGCGUGGGCCCCUCGGUUUGGAGGCAAUCUAGUCUUGUGCCUUUAACUGAACACACUUGACUAAAUCAACGCUAAGCACGGGAUGACUAAUGUUUCUCUUCCAGCUUUAAUAGUCAGGUUUUUGUAUUGCUUUUGUUUCACCCUUUUAUAGAGUUUUUACUGUUGCUCAUGUUUUAAAGAGAAGUGAAAGAGAUGAUGUAAUUUUCCUUCUAACUUUGUCUCUUGGCUGUUGGCUAUGUGGUUCAGAGCAUGAUAAUUACAGAACGCAUGAAAAUAGGUGAUAAAGUGAAACAGGAGUAAAUGACAAGAUUUAAAUAAUGACAAAGUGUGUUUAAGCAACCAAAUGAGCUUGUAUUAGUUUCUUUUCUAAAAAAAAAUAAAAUAUUACCAGCCUUUUGUUUGAAA